AGUUGCCGAGGCUUAUUCUGGCCGAGAACUUCGCACUUGGACGACGUUUGAUGCAAGCCCGGCUUCGAGAUGAGUAAUUCCCAGCCGCCUCCCGCACAUCUCAGGUAGUGUGGACAGGAUCGCGUAAUCUCUCAAAGCUGGAAGGGGUUUCUCAACCCAGAGGAAGGGGGCCCAUGGGAGCCAGCAGCCCGCCAUAAAAUAAAAACAACAAGCCCUGAUCAUGGCUGCCCCCAUGCUCGAGUUCCGGACCCAGGGGUUCAACCCCUACGCCGUCAAGUACUCGCCCUACUUCGACUCGCGCGUCGCCGUCGCCAGCUCGGCCAACUUUGGCAUCGUCGGCAACGGCCGCGUCUACUCGCUAGGGCUGACGGCGGCAGGGGUCCAGAUUGAAAAGACCUUCGACACCAACGAUGCCCAGUAUGAUCUCGCUUGGUCUGAGCUCAACGAGAACCAGCUCAUCGUGGCCUGCGGCGAUGGCUCCAUCAAGCUGUUCGACCUUGGCGUCAACGAGUUCCCCGUCAUGAACUUCCAUGAGCAUAAGAGGGAGACCUUCUCCGUGUGCUGGAACCCCGUCACCAAGGACACCUUCCUGUCUAGCUCCUGGGAUGGUACCGUCAAGAUUUGGUCGCCCACGCGCAACCACUCGCUCAAGACGCUGCCCAUCGGCAGCUGCGCCUACAGCGCCUCCUUCUGCCCCUUGAACCCGGCCCUCAUCAGCGCCGCGUCCACCGACUCGUGCGUGCGCCUCUUCGACCUGCGCACGCCCGUGUCGGCAAAGUACCACCUUGUGGCCACCAUACCGGUCCACGCGCCCUCGCCCUCGUGCCCCGCCCAGGCCGCGCCGCCCGCCGAGGUGCUCACGCACGACUGGAACAAGUACCGCGACUCGGUCGUCGCCGCCGCCGGCGUCGACCGCGCCGUCCGCACCUUUGACGUCCGCAACCCCGCCGCCGGGCCCCUCUCCCGCAUGGACGGCCACCAGUUCGCCGUCCGCCGCGUCUCGUGGAGCCCGCACGCCGCGGACCUGCUCGUGAGCGCGAGCUACGACAUGACGGUCCGCCUGUGGUCCGACUCGUCCGCCGCCGCCGGCCCGCCCCAGCCCCCCACCGCCCCGCCGCCGCCCACCGCCCAGGGCAGGGAGCUGGGCGUCAUGAACCGCCACACCGAGUUCGCCACGGGAGUCGACUGGUGUCUGUUUGGCGCCGGCGGCUGGGUAGCCUCUUGCGCGUGGGACGAGCGGGUGCUGCUGUGGGACGCCAAUGCCUUCAUCCGGAGGUAACGGUGCCAGCCCUAGAUUUUUGUUAUCCUGCAUCAGACGUGAAAGGAACCUUGGAAGCGGGCGCAUUUUCUCCUGCUGCUGUGUUCUGGGACCUGGAGAAUUUAAUGGGAGCGUUGACGUUCCUUUCCGACACGGAGCUCCCAGCUCCCUGGGGUGAUGGUGCCCCAAGGCGGCGAGGAAGGGAGCGAGAUCGGGGCAGCGAGAGAAAACGUGGGAAGGAACGCUGUCCCCCUCCAUGAGCCCCGUCCCGGGCGGAUGGGUUCCCGACUCGCCAUGCAGCAAACGCGCCAAAUGCAACGCAGACCACUCCGAGAGGUCCGGGUCCGAGUUCAGGUGCGCCCACCGACCCCUGUGCAAUGACACAAUGCCCGCUGUGCGAUGGUAGUGCUGGGCCACACCACACGGAAACGUAGGAACUGUGUCAAACGGGACUUUUUCUUUUUUUUUAGCUGGGCAUUCCAGAAUGGGGUUGCCCCGUGAGCUUCUUAUCUCUUCUCAACCUGUAUUCUAAUCUCAGCCUUACCUGGCCAAUAUCGCUAUGAACACCACGUCUGUUUUGUCGGCGGCCCGUUUUCGCCCCAG